UCUUCAGUGAGGCCGCAAGCUGUCGUAGCCGGGUGCCCACUGCGCAUGCAUGAGAAUCGCUGCACUUUGUGAAUGGCCCCGUAGUCUCCUGGGACCUGUCACGUCUGCAGUCUCUGGUCAUCUCCUGUACUGUGUCUGCAGUCUCUGGUCAUCUCCUGUACUAUGUCCGCAGUCUCUGGUCAUCUCCUGUACUAUGUCCGCAGUCUCUGGUCAUCUCCUGUACUAUGUCCGCAGUCUCUGGUCAUCUCCUUUACUAUGUCCGCAGUCUCUGGUCAUCAUCUCCUGUACUGUGUCCGCAGUCUCUGGUCAUCUCCUUUACUACAGUAUGUCCGCAGUCUCUGGUCAUCUCCUGUACUAUAUCGGCGGUCUCUGGUUGUCUCCUGUACUAUCUCCGCAGUCUCUGGUCAUCUCCUGUACUGUGUCCGCAGUCUCUGGUCAUCUCCUGUACUAUGUCUGCAGUCUCUGGUCAUCUCCUGUACUAUGUCUGCAAUCUCUGGUCAUCUGCUGUACUAUGUCUGCAGUCUCUGGUCAUCUCCUGUACUAUGUCCGCGGUCUCUGGUCAUCUCCUGUACUAUGUCCGCAAUCUCUGGUCAUCUUC